AGAGCAUCUCACUCUACUACAGUUCUCACAUAGGCAGCAUGCUUUGAACGUGCCAGACCUCCUUGCAACACUCUCAAUCAGGAUACGUAGUAUGCGGUUUCCAAAAGGAUUGCAUGAAGUUGUCCUCCUUUCCUCUGCCUUCACUCAAUGGAUUAUAAACUCACAAGGACAUUGCCUGCAUGCUUUUGUUUUUGAACAGGAUUGCCUUGCCUGACGCUGUGAAUAAUUACUGUCAUUGUUUGGCAUCAAAGAGAGGUUUCCCUGUGCUCUGUUGGCUUUGCUGAGAGUCCUACCUGAAGAAGGGAUAUCGGUGUUCUGAAAGGCAGCAACAUUUUUGGGGGGUAUCAUUAUCUCUUACAUGUAUCAAUUUUGUUGCUAUUUUCUUUCAUCACGGAAGUACUCUAGUCUUAGUGCUUGGAAUGUAAUCUCUGAUGUCAGGCUGUUCUGUACAGAGAAAAUCCUGGGGUGUGCUUGGGAGAUUGAAGAGUAAAAGUAAGUUUUGCACAGCAGAUUGGUAGUGAGAUCAUACAACUCCAAAGGGAAGUUGUGCACCAUGGGAAAUAUGUGUAAAGUGUGUCUGGAGAAAUAAGUAGAGAUUCACAGGCUCAGGACAAUGUCUGUAACACCAACUCUCCUACCUACAAAUGGCACCAGGUUUGCACCAGAGCAUGGCAUUAUGGACGUGCCAAAGCCACCGUUUCCAUUCAAUGCUUUACUUUUCAGCCUGACACUCAUAAUCACUCUGACUGUGUUUGUGGCCAGCAUUAUUACGCUGGUUUUCUUGCUUAAAAUAAAGAGCAGGACAACUCUGACUCUGCUUGUGACCUCCCUGUCCUUGGAUGACUUGGUCAGUGUUGUACCAGCGUCGAUUUUCAUGCUGCAACAGUGGACAACACAUGCCCUUUCCCAGCCUCUUUGCUCGGCUGCAGCAUUUCUCUACUUGUUCCAAGGAAUCUCAAGCAAUUUAAAGGCAUCCUCCAUUAUUUGCUACAACUUCUAUACAGUUUAUAAACUAGGAAACAACGAAACGCCCAAGGUGACUGUUAAAAUCUAUUGGGCAGUUGUAACUAUAUGGGUGAUUAGUAUUCUAAUAAGUGCUAUUCCUUUCUUCGCUUGGGGUAGAUUUCACGCUACAUCAUGGGGAUGUUUUACUGACUGCACAAGUUCUUACAUUUUGUUUAUUUUUGGGUUGUAUUCUCUUUGCUUUUGCAUUCUGGUCAUCCUUUCUGCCCCUCUAUCCCACCAGUUGCUUUGUAGAGAUGACCAACAUGUUCAUUACAAAGAUAUUGACAAAGGAUAUCUCACCCCAACGACACCUCUGGGUAGCAAUGCAUCAUCCCUGUCCCCUGAUAAUGCCGUUGGCAAAAGCUUGAAGAAUUUCAACGAGAAAUAUGUAAGCCCGGAGGCAGUGUUCAAGAGGAGUGUGGCUGAAACAAGUGGGGAUGGACAGCAUUACUCAAACAGUAUCAGAGGCAGCAGGAACAUCAAAGUACUGUAUGCUCAGAAGCGCUUCUCCUUGAUCCUUGCUUUGACUAAAGUCAUUUUGUGGCUACCAAUCAUGAUACAAAUGGUUGUCCGGCACAUUGUUGGCUUUCAGAGCCUCUCUUUUGAGACCCUAAGUUUCGUCCUAAGUUUACUGUCUGCCGCCACUACUCCGCUGUUUGUCCUGUCUGAGCGCUGGAGCCAUCUGCCAUGUGGCUGCAUCAUUAACUGCAAGAAGAACACAUAUGACACGUCAGCAGAAGAAAACCAAAUCAAAAAAAGAGGAUUCGAUUUCAACUUAUCCUUCAAUAAAGGCUAUAGCAUUUAUAAGAUAUCGCAGGAUAAUCAUGCUACUGUGGAAAAUUCCAUCUCAUAUCAUAACUUGAUCAACUACGACUGUGAAAACAUGAAGGAACCGCGCUGUGACCGAAUCCUCAAUUCAGCAAUGCUGGAUUUCAGCACCAUAAGUUUCCAGGACAGCUCCAUGAUGACACUGAAAAUUCCCCAUGCAGAAGCAAAACUGGACCAAUGCAAAGAGAAGACUUUUGGGCAUCUUCUGUCAGAGACAAAAGGUGCCUUUAAAAGAGAUGAUGUAAGAAAUUUUGAUAAAUCUACAUUUUAUGAUGGGCAAGAAAGGAGGUUGUCUCAUGAAGAGAGUCGCAAACCAGAGCUCACAGACUGGGAGUGGUGCAGGAGUAAAUCAGAAAGAAUGCCUCGACAGCGUUCAGGAGGCGCUCUGGCUAUUCCUCUGUGUGCUUUCCAAGGAACCGUUUCACUUCAUGCACCCACUGGUAAAACCCUUUCCCUAUCGACCUAUGAGGUAAGCAGUGAUGGACAAAAGAUAACACCAACAUCUAAGAAGAUUGAGGUAUACCGAUCGAAAAGUGUGGGCCAUGAGCCAAACAAGGAGGAUUCCCCAAACCAGUUUCCAGACACAAAUGUAAAGAUCCACCUGGAAGUCCUUGAAAUCUGUGACAAUGAAGAAGCCAUGGACACUGUUUCAAUCAUAAGCAAUAUCAGUCAAUCUUCAACUCAAGCCAGGUCUCCUUCACUUCGCUACUCAAGGAAAGAAAAUCGCUUUGUCUCAUGUGACCUAGGAGAAACGGCUUCCUACUCACUCUUCAUUCCUACAAACAACCCUGACAGCGACAUUAACAUUUCCAUUCCAGAUACAGUUGAGGCUCACAGGCAAAACAGUAAAAAGCAGCAUAUGGAGAGAGACAGCUAUCAAGAAGAAAUACAACUGUUAAACAAAGCUUAUAGGAAAAGGGAGGGCGAUGGGGACAAUUAAAGCAAGUGCACAGAAAUAAUGUCUCCACACAACUAUCACUCUAGUUUAUUCUCCUGAGCUUCUCUAAUAGUAGUCUGCCUUGCAAAGUGCAAAUUUCUAAUUAUCCUAACUUAUCUGCUUGCUUUGCAGCAGUAGUAUCAUUUCUAAUGCAGCAGUAUGAAUGAAAGCAAUUCACAAUAUUCUUAAUGUUAGGGAAUGGACUAAGGGCACCUUAAUGGCCACUUGUAUUGACUCUUGAUUGAUGGACACAAUAUGACAAUUGAAAUGACAAAAAGAACCCUUUACUCUGAGCAGUCUCCAACUCAAAAUAUGAUUUAUUUAACUAGGUAAAAUUCAUAAACAUAUUAAGUGCAUAUUAAAACAGCCUUUCUCCACUGAAAAAACUGACUUUAUAAUAUGAAUGAUAAAACCCAAAGAAAAGUCAACCCUAAAGCAUUAUCGUGGAUAUUUGUUUACUCUGGUUGCUGAUAUAAAGCAGAAUACUUUAUAUACUUUUUUUCUCAUGCUCUGAAACAAUAGCUUUUUAAAAAAAGGGAAAAGAAUAUGGCUAAGAGCAAACAAGCUUAGCACCAUAGUAGCUCUGUACUCUGGCACUUCCUCCAUAAAUACAGAUACAGGGAUAACCGGUAGGCACAGGGUCUUAAAAAUGAAGGAAAGCUAUGGAGGCAUUUUAUUGCCAAUAGAUUAGCUGCAAGAGUGCAAGCUAGAAUGAUAUAUUUAUUC